UGUGAAGACAGCAACUUCGGUCCAUGUGUCUCCGGGCUAAAAGGAGCACAUUUACUUUGGGCCAAACUGCUAUUAAUAACAGCAAACACCGCACCAUGUCACCACUUCUCCUCUACACGCUGCUGCUUUUCAACAGGGUGUCUUAUUCCAAGGCAGGAAACUGUGAAGUGUGCGUGGGGUUUCUUCAUAGACUAUAUGGAAGCGUGACGUCUAAUCACAAAGAGCUGACUCCAGCUCUGGUGGAGAAAGAACUCUUCCAGGCUUGCUCUGCCGCUCAGGGGAAGGAGGCAAGGCUGUGUUACUACCUAGGCGCCAUUGAUGACGCAGCUACCCUCACAGCAUCCGUGGCUCAGCCGCUAGCCUCCCAUGUUCCUGUGGAGAAGAUAUGCCAGCGCCUCAGCAGCAGAGACACACAGAUAUGUCAACUUAAACACGAGCCCGAGUUGGGGGACCUGAGCAGCGAAGAUCUGAAAAAGAUGCGAGUGCUGGAGCUGAGGAAUAUUUUAGCCUCAUGGGGAGAGGAGUGCAGAGGGUGCCUGGAGAAACACGAGUUUGUCAGCCUCAUUCUGGAGAAGGCCCUGCUUCACACUCAUAAAGGAGACCUGUGAAUGACUGUAUAUGUCUCAUGCACAAUCCAAACCUAAGAAAAACAGCUUUAUUUUUAAUUCAUAGAGAAGACAAUAGAUCUAAAAGAUAAAUACCAAACGAGAGAAAAUCUGUACAACAGAAUUAAAAAGUUCAGACUGA